UCUUUGAUUGUGAUACCUGCAUAUAAGAUCUGAACCAAAAAUGUCUUGUAUCGAUCCAUUUCAACACAUUACAGUGGAACACCAGUAUUCGCACAAAUUAACUGUGACGGUAUUGAAAGCCACAAAUGUUACAAAAGGGGCUUUCGGUGAUAUGCUUGACACUCCAGAUCCAUAUGUGGAGCUGUUCAUCCCCUCAGCCCCUGACUGCAGAAAGAGAACGAAACACUUCAACAAUAAUGUGAACCCUGUGUGGAACGAGACCUUUGAGUUUAUAUUGGACCCGAACCAGGAAAAUGUUCUGGAGAUCACAUUAAUGGAUGCCAACUAUGUCAUGGAUGAGACUCUUGGCACAUCAACAUUUCUUAUAUCCUCUCUGAAACUGGGGGAGAAGAAAGAAGUUCCAUUUACUUUUAAUGAAGUCACAGAAAUGAUUUUGGAAUUGUUUCUUGAAGUCUGCUCUUCAACUGACCUCCGGUUCAGCAUGGCUCUGUGUGAUCAGGAGAAGAUGUUUCGACAGCAGCGGAGGGAGAAUAUCAUGCACAAAAUGAAAACUCUUCUAGGAGCAGAAAACAGCAAGAACUUGGCCACUUCCCGUGAUGUACCAGUGAUAGCGGUGUUGGGUUCAGGUGGUGGAUUUCGUGCCAUGGUAGGGUUUUCUGGAGUUAUGAAAGCGCUCUACGAAUCAGGAAUUUUAGACUGUGCAACAUAUAUUGCUGGUCUAUCUGGAUCUACAUGGUACAUGUCAACUUUGUAUUCUCACCCAGAUUUCCCAAGGAAAGGACCAAAGGAGAUUAAUGAAGAAUUGAUGAACUGUGUCAGUCAUAACCCACUUCUGCUGCUCACUCCACAGAAAGUCAAACGCUACAUUGAAGCAUUAUGGAAUAAGAAACGUUCUGGGCAGCCUGUAACAUUCACUGAUAUCUUUGGAAUGUUGAUAGGGGAAACACUUAUCCAAAAUCGGAUGAAUACCACUUUGAGCAAAAUGAAAGAGAAAGUCAAUGAGGCACAGUGUGCUCUGCCACUUUUUACUUGUCUCCAUGUCAAACCUGAUGUGUCAGAACUUAUGUUCGCAGAUUGGGUGGAAUUCAGUCCAUAUGAGAUUGGUAUGGCGAAGUAUGGCACAUUUAUGCCUCCUGAUUUGUUUGGAAGUAAAUUUUUUAUGGGAACAGUGGUGAAAAAACAUGAAGAAAACCCCCUGCACUUCUUCAUGGGCGUCUGGGGCAGUGCAUUUUCUAUAUUAUUUAACAGAGUACUUGGAGUUUCCAAUUCUCAUAAUAAAGGUCCCACCAUGGAGGAAGAAUUAGAAAAUAUUAGGCUAAAACAUCUUGUGAGCAAUGAUAGUUCAGACAGUGAAGAUGAAUCACAGGGACCAAAAGGCUCUGAAAAUCUUGAGGCUGAAAAAGAACUUCAAAGUAGCAGUCAAGAAAGCUGGGUCCAGCGCAUGCUGAUGGCCUUGGUGGGAGAUAGUUCCCUUUUCAACACCAGAGAAGGGCGUGCUGGGAAAGUACACAACUUUAUGCUGGGCUUGAACCUCAACACAUGGUACCCACUCUCCCCUCUAGCAGGCCUGGGUACUCAGGAAUCUGUGGAGGAGGAUGAAAUGGACACGGCAGUCGCAGAUCCUGAUGAGUUUGAGAGGAUAUAUGAGCCACUAGAUGUGAAGAGUAAAAAGAUUCAUGUAGUGGAUAGUGGGCUCACCUUUAACCUGCCAUACCCCCUUAUCUUAAGACCUCAGCGAGGUGUUGAUCUCAUAAUCUCCUUUGAUUUCUCUGCAAGGCCAAGUGACUCCAGUCCUCCUUUCAAAGAAAUUUUGCUUGCUGAAAAAUGGGCCAAAAUGAACAACCUUCCUUUUCCAAAAAUAGAUCCACAUGUGUUUGAUCGAGAGGGCCUGAAGGAGUGCUAUGUUUUCAAACCCAAGAAUACUGAUACAGAGAAAGACUGUCCAACCAUCAUCCACUUUGUUCUGGCAAACAUCAACUUCCGGGAAUACAAAGCUCCAGGUGUUCCAAGAGAAACUCAGAGAGAGAAGGACUUUGCUGACUUCGAUAUUUUUGAUGAUCCUAAUACUCCGUUCUCUACCUUCAACUUCCAAUAUUCCAAUGAAGCUUUCAAAAGGCUUCAUGAUCUAAUGGAAUUUAACACUCUGAAUAACUUAGACGUGAUGAAGCAAGCAAUAGUGGAAAGCAUUGAAUACAGAAGACAGAAUCCAUCCCGCUGCUCUGUGUCCCUCAGCAAUGUUGAGGCAAGAAAAUACUUCAACAAGAACUCUCCAAGCACUAACCAUACAUAG